CCGCCCCGGUAAGCUCCUCCCCGCGGGACGGAGCGGGCGGCCUCUGUCUCUUCCUUCCGCCGCCUGUGUGGUGAGGUUGUCCGUGUUCCGGCCGCUCCUGUCCCGUCCGCUUCUCCGUUAUCUCCGCCUCCUCCGGUCCCGUCUCGCUCGGCCCCGCACCGGGAUUAUUAUGCACAAGGAGCACCUGGCCCAGGAUGAGAACAGUAACCCGCGGGAGGGCCCAGUGAGCCGGAGGAAGGAGAGGCUGAGCCCCAGCGAGCACGACAUGAACCAGCUCAACCGCAGCCGCCCCAAAACCGGCUCCUGGGACUCUAACGGAUACGGGCCAGAAAUCGAGGCGCUCGCAGGCCGCACCGAGGACAGCGUCCCCCUCAGCCCCUCCAACUCCCUGAACCUUCGUCACUUGCGAGGCUGCGAGAGGGACUCGUCCGGCCGUGGUCUCCAGAGGCCCCCCCCAUCUCAGUAUCACCCCAACUACUACCCCACACACCACCACCACCAUCACCGCACCUCCUACUCCGGCCACCGCAAAGGUUAUUGGGACUAUGAGAGCCAAUACCGAGAUGGUAAACGUAAAGCGUGGGUGCCCCGACCCGGAGGGGGCCCCCACACCCAGCGCCCCAGGAACCGCGAAGCCUUAAACUCCACAGAGACCCCGUGUGCGGAUAUGAGGCCCGAGCAGACGGCGGGUGACAAGAGCAGAAAUGUGUCGCGCCAGCCCUCCCCACCGGCUGAGAAGGAGCCGGCCGCCGACAGCUGGCUGCUAUUUAAGCCUCUGCCCGUCUUUCCCGUCGACAGCAGCAGCGCCAGGACGCUGCCCAAAAUCAGCUACGCCAGCAAGGUGAAAGAGAACCUGGAUGGCAAAGGACUGGUGCCCAGCUCUGCCCUCCGCACCUCCACCACCCUCCCCAACUGCCUGCUGAAUGCUGCACAAAGCGGAGGCGAUGGCACCGCUGCCCCCCACUCCCUCUCCUCCUCCUCCUGCUCCUCCCUGUCCUCCUCCUCACCACCCUCCCCCGUCAGCCAGGAAAACUUGGGCGCCAUUUUCCAGAACGAGUGGGGUCUCUCUUUUAUCAAUGAACCCGGGGCGGGUCAGGCAGCUCCAGCUGAGGCCAGGGAGCCUGAAGAGGGGGCCCCCGGUGGGGUGGAAGGUGGCGGCGGUGGUGGUGACCAAGACAAAGCCCCCAUGGUGAUGGCUCUAGUGCGUCUUUCCCAUGGGUUCUACAUAGAAGGAGCCGAUCCCGAGGGGACCUCCAUGGAGAAUCCGAAAGACUGGGAAGCCAUGGUCUCCUACAGCCUGCAAGAGUGGAAUCGUGUCUGGAACUUACACAAGAGAGAUCCCUCCCGUGUAGUCGUAUAUGCAGAAACCAUGGAUGGAAAAGGUUAACCCUACCCCCUGCCGAGUGGAGCCCCCCUCCCUCCGCCUCCUGAGCGAGGCCCAUCCCUCCGACCCCACCCCCCUACGCAACACUUAGUCCGCAGAGCGGCAUUCAAGAUGCGCCACAGAGACCGUGCCCCACGAGAGACUGCUUUAUACCCCCGCACUGGAAGGGGUUAAGGUGGCAUUUCCUGGAGAAUCAAUUUUUUUUUUUUUUAGUUUUUGUUUUUUUAUUUUAAAUUUUUGUGAUGCCCGCCUCCUGCGUUCUGGUGCCCAGUCUGACACGUGUGGAUCAGCAGCCUCAACCACUCGGCUCUCGACGCCGGCGCUUGGACUUGCGCUUCCUCUUCUCUUCGGACUCGGCUCUUUUUUUUUUGCUUUUAAUGUGUUUUUAUUUUCCCUCCCUCCCCGGUGAAGAGAGACGCUGCCCAUGCGGUAUAGCUGCGGACGGACGGAACACUGUGCAGCGCAGCGUCUACACACACCGCGGGAGGGGGAAGGGUUCUCUGCCAGGAACAUUGCAUUUCCUUUUUUUAAUUUUUUUUGCUGUUUUGUAGGACCUGCUAAGCACCUUCUUUAUCUUUGAAGAAAAAAAAAAUUUCUGCAUCUUAUUUUAACCCUUUUUCACGCUAAGUUGUGGCUGAGGCACCAAAACCCAAACUGGCGAUUGGUUGAAGGCCAGGCCUGGGCGAUAUUGUCAUUAAAAUCUGUUUUAUUACCCUCUUGCCUGCUGGGCUCUGGUCAUUUCU